AAAAAUCUAUGAAAUGUGUUUGCAUGCUCGUCUCCGUGAGCGGGGAUGUAGAGGUGGGAUUGCGAGAGCGGAGAGGCUCGGGAGCCCACGCGUUCAGGCGUCCAGAAAAAGUGCGUUUGGACGUGAUUCGCCGCCCGGUUCGGCGCGCUCUCGCCUUGCUCAGGGGCUCCGCGCUUUCCGGGAGCGCACCGUGAGCUUUUGCUGCUUUCGUUUUGACGUGGAUCGGCGCGGCAAGGGAUCGGAGACGGACCGCUCGGACGGACACUCGGAGCCCUCCCCUCAGCUCGAAGCCGCCUUGGUAGUUUACCGGUUGCCAGUGGGAAGAUGACGGCUGAGGUCUAAAGCUGGUUCUGCGGCGCCAGGGCCUGCCUGCCAUUGGCUGGCCAGUUUGUCAAAGAGGAGGCUCCUCCCUCAUCUGGGUAUCCAGUGGACUGAGAGUACUGCCUGGCUCCUCCUUUGCCAAUCCCCUGUCCCCUCCCCAACCCCACCCCCUACCCACCCACGAACACACAUACACACACUCACACCCUGGGGCUGGACCAUGUCUGGCGGACGGCCGGAGGGCAGCCGGACACCCGAGGCCCAGGACAAGGACAAAGAUAAGGACAAGGAACGGGAGCAGCACAGCUGCAGGGAAGACAGCCCCGUCGUUGAGCGCCGCAAUCGCAGCGGCAUUAUUAGCGAGCCCCUCAGCAAAAGUCUGAAAAGGUCUCGCACUCUUUCCCAGUACACAGCUGCCUGCCCACAAAACACCAACGGACUGAGCCAUAACGGCCAGGCCAAGGGGAAGGUCCAGCCUGGCCAACGCAAUCAGCAACAGCAGCAGCAUUCGUCAUCCACGGCUUCGGCCCUGGUGCCUGCCAAAGCGGACCGGAGCCUGGAACAGGCACUUGAAGGACACAAUGGCCUACUACACUUUGCCCAGGCAGCAGCGCUGCUCAAGCGAGCAGGCAUGGAGCACAUGCUGCUGCCUGGGGGCAUGGGUGCAGGGGUGGGAGUGGGUGGAGUGGGCACUGAAGCAGGGUCAGGUGACCUGGAGGGUGCAUCAGCAGGUGAUAGUGUGGGAGGCCACACGGACUUCCCGUAUGGCAUAGGUGGUGGCUUUCCCUUCAACCCGGCUGGGCUUUUCAUCAUGACGCCAGCCGGUGUGUUCCUUGCCGACAGUGCCCUGCACAUGGCCGGCCUGGCUGAGUAUCCAGCACACAGUGAGCUGGCCUCCGCCAUCAAUGCCGGCAAAAAGAAGCGUAAACGCUGCGGUAUGUGUGCGCCUUGCCGGCGCAGGAUCAACUGUGAGCAAUGCAGCAGCUGCCGCAACCGCAAGACGGGUCACCAGAUCUGCAAGUUCCGCAAGUGUGAGGAGCUAAAGAAGAAACCAUCUGCUGCACUGGAGAAGGUGAUGCUGCCAACGGGCGCGGCAUUCCGGUGGUUCCAGUAGGGCUGUGAUCGCCGACCUCCACCCAAAGCUCUGCCAUCAAGUGCAAUGCUAACUCUCGCUUGGACCGACUCCAGCACCGACACUGGCUAGCAAGCAUUCAAUCCACGAAAAAAAAAAGAGGAAACAACCACCAGAAACUUCAUAGAAACACACACACGCACACACACUCACACACACACACACACACACACACACAUACACAGACACAACAAAGCAGAAACGCAACAAAAACGUAAUCAAUCGAAUAAUGGAUGCACCUACUUAUUCCUUGAACCAAAAAUUAAACAUAAUAAAAAAAAAAAAUUAUGGCAACUUUCAUUCCCUUUUAUAUGUUUCCAUUUUGGUACCUUUUUGUCCUUUUUCCAGCAGGUUUUUUCUCUCGCUUAAACAUUGGAACAGUUCAUUGCCAAACAGAAAUGACGGACUGAGUGUGGACAAUCAACAAAAUUUCUGUGUUUGGUGUUAAUGUCGUUCACGUGUGGAAAGAUACAGUACUUGUGUAGAGAAUGUAAAUUUUACAGCUAUAUUUUAAAACUAGUGGCUCAUGGCAAGCACUAUUGUAAUUUAGCACCGUUGUUCUUACUUAAAACUCUGUAUUUUAUUGAUUGUUUUCUUUUUUUUUAGUUUGAUUUUAAAUUUAUAGAUUGGAAAAACUGAUCAAUGUUUGUCAUUUAAGAAAAAGAAACUAUUUCAAGAUGUAAAAAUCCCGUUUUUCUGAAUGGAAUGAAAGAACAAAUAUAUGUCGAGACCCCAUGGUAGUGUAUGGUCAGAAUAGAUGAUGACUGUUGUACAUGUGGGGUUGCUACUACUGGAAGCUCCUUGACCGCCAAACCAUCCAUCUGUCCUAACAUUUAAGUCUGCACUGUUUUGUUGUAAGACUGCGGCCAUACUUUUCGUUACGACGUCGCCAUUGUGCAGGUGUGGAUACAUCCUCCUAAGCACUUGGAGACAGCACUUGCCCAAUUAAACGCACUGAAAAAUUAUUCUUUUUUUUAAAAAAAAAUUGUUUGUUGGUUACUUUUUUUUUCAUGACAUUGCCAGUAGCUACAUCUUUUAAAAUGAACAGCGAUGUUUGUAUUGGAAUUAGAAGUAUGGGCUGGUUUUGUGAAUAAAAACAAAUGCAUGUAUUUGUGUCAAGAA